AUGAAGUUGUUGCGGUUUUGUGCUAACAACGAAUUGUUCAUUAUGAACACCUUCUUCGAGCGUCGAAGAAUGCAUCAGUAUACCUGGUACUGGGAAGCUUGUGUACAUCAAUCGAUGAUCGAUUUGAUAAUCGUAUCGUCUGACCUAAGACGCUCAUUAAUGGACGUUUGCUUUAAGAGAGGUGCAGAGCUACCAACCGUUCAUCACAUUGUUGUUGGCACGCUGCGCUCGGAAGCUAUUUCGAAGCAGGGCCUAAUUAUCAAAGGUUUGCGACGUCACCGAGGCGAACGAUGGGGUAUCGUCAAGUAUCGUUAUUGUAACGUGUUCGUACGAUUGCAGGAAGGCAGUCCUCCUGAAAAGUUUAAGCGAUUCGGACCGUACAAUGGCUGGAAGAAACUUGAGGAAUGCGUGGAUAAUCUACGAAAGCGGCGGAUCGUCGAAGGACUUUGA